GCUCACAUAAACAAAGGCACAUUGGAGACUAGGGCCAGUCCGAGUCUGAUCGCCUGUUCAGAGUGCCGAGAACAGCAACCUGUACCACUGCCGCUGCUUAAACUCAAACACUGCUGCACUUCAAAGUUCAUUCUAUGUAAAGCUGACUUUCUACUCAUUCUGCAAUCUACAGGAUCCAAAUGAGAGGUGGAAAUAGAAAAUAAGCAAAAAAAUGUUUCAUUGUACUAUUACCUAAAUUGCGAUUUAGAAACAAUUCCGAAUUCUGCUCUUCAGGAAUACAGACCACAACAGUGUCUACUUUUCAUUUCUUUCACAGCCACUUGGCAGAAGCCAUGCCCUGUGUUCAAGCUCAGUAUGGGUCAUCGCCACAAGGAGCCAGUCCUGCCUCUCAGAGCUACAGCUACCACAGUGGGGAAUACAGCUCUGACUUCUUAACGCCAGAGUUCGUCAAGUUCAGCAUGGAUCUCACCAACACUGAAAUUACAGCUACCACGUCGCUGCCAAGCUUCAGCACCUUCAUGGAGAAUUACAGCACCAAUUACGAUGUGAAACCCCCUUGCUUGUACCAGAUGCCACUGUCCAACCAGCAGUCCGCCAUCAAGAUCGAAGACAUCCAGAUGAACGGCUAUCACCAACAGAACCACCUACAGCACCCACCAGAGGAGAUGAUGCACUCUGGCUCCAUGUACUACAAGCCAUCUCCACCCCCUACCCCGACACCUCCAGGCUUCCAGGUCCAGCAUAGCCCGUUGUGGGAUGACCCCAGUUCUCUUCAUACCUUUUCUCAAAACUAUGUAGCUACGACCCACAUGAUAGACCAACGGAAGUCACCCGUUUCAAGACUAUCUCUCUUCUCCUUCAAGCAGUCUCCCCCCGGUACCCCAGUGUCUAGCUGUCAAAUGAGGUUUGAUAACCCCUUACACAUUUCCAUGAACCCUGAGACGGGAGGUGGGCAUCACGUGGUGGACAGCCAGAACUUCGCUGUCCCCAAUCCCAUCAGAAAACAAGCGUCUGUGGGCUUCCCGGGUCUCCAGAUCGGUCAUGGGUCUCAGCUGAUGGACAACCAGGUACCAUCACCUCCAUCUCGAAACUCUCCAUCAAACGAAGGCCUCUGCGCGGUCUGCGGAGACAACGCUGCCUGCCAGCACUACGGAGUCCGCACUUGCGAGGGCUGUAAAGGCUUUUUCAAGCGCACAGUGCAGAAAAACGCUAAGUAUGUUUGUUUGGCAAAUAAGAAUUGUCCAGUUGACAAGCGCCGCCGUAACAGGUGCCAAUACUGUCGCUUUCAGAAGUGCCUUGUCGUUGGCAUGGUGAAAGAAGUUGUUCGUACGGAUAGCCUGAAGGGUCGCAGGGGACGCCUCCCGUCCAAGCCGAAGAGCCCCCAAGAGCCGUCUCCGCCGUCUCCUCCAGUCAGUCUCAUCACAGCCUUGGUCCGAGCGCACGUCGACUCCAACCCUGCCAUGUCCAACCUCGAUUACUCUCGAUUCCAGUCCAACCCGGAAUACCAACUGAGCGGUGGGGACACGGAACACAUCCAGCAGUUCUACGACCUACUGACAGGCUCUAUGGAAAUCAUCCGCGGUUGGGCAGAAAAGAUCCCUGGUUAUACCGACCUUCCAAAAGAGGACCAAGACCUGCUUUUUGAAUCGGCUUUUCUGGAACUGUUCGUCCUGAGACUGGCCUACCGGUCCAACCCUGUGGACGGCAAGCUAAUAUUUUGCAAUGGGGUGGUGCUGCACAGACUGCAGUGCGUUCGUGGCUUUGGGGAAUGGAUAGACUCAAUCAUUGACUUUUCGUCCAACCUGCACAGUAUGAACAUAGACAUUUCAGCCUUCUCCUGCAUUGCUGCCCUCGCCAUGGUAACAGAGCGACACGGACUGAAGGAGCCCAAGAAGGUGGAAGAACUUCAAAAUAAAAUUGUAAACUGUCUCAAGGACCACGUGACUUUCAACGGCGGAAACUUAAAUCGUCCAAACUACUUGUCCAAACUUUUGGGGAAAUUGCCAGAGCUGCGCACCCUCUGCACACAGGGUCUUCAGCGCAUCUUCUACCUGAAGCUCGAGGACCUCGUCCCACCGCCGACAAUAAUUGAUAAGCUCUUCCUAGACACACUACCCUUUUGAAAGCAAACCUAAGCAUUUGGACUGAAAAGAAAAAAGAUAGUGAAACUAUAAUAAAGGAUGUUAAACUGCCCCAGAAAUACGGCAGAGACAUUUCUCCAGUGGAACGGGACUUUGGUGCCAAAUGCAUUUGCAAAAAGACUGACAACUUUUUGCGCUUGUUAAAACUUUGUAUUGCAAUCGUUUACUGACCAGGAUUCACAGCAAAUAAACCUUCAAAACGUGGUAUAUACAGUUUUUAAUUAUCCGUUUUAUUUUUUUUAUUGACGAGAUGGAGCUUCCCCAAAUGGGGAUACAUGCAUUCCUGUCAAACUCAGUUCAACUUUUGAUAGAACUCAUAAUUGCAGUGUAUAAAAUGGAUUGUAACCUCCACCCUCAGUAAAGCUCGUGCUCCUAGCAAAUAUAUGCGGUAGUAUAUAUAAAAUAAAGAAUUGGUUGAUAUAAAUACAGCAAUUAUACGAUGAUGUGAUGCGCCCAAAGCGAAAGAGAAAGCUGCAACAGUUGUAAAUUAUCAAAUUAAGUUUUGCUCUGAUUAUUUUUUUUUGAUUGAUUUGAAAUGUAAGAGUGAAGAAAUGUAAGAUGGAGAUCUAUUAGCGGUUAGUGCAAAAUAAAGGCCAAGCAUGUGAAUGCUAUUGCAGGACUAAUCUUCAUACCUGUAUGUUGGAAAUAUUAUAGGCACUUGGUAUCUUCUUGAUGGAUUAUGUCUACAGUAUGAGAACCUAAGAAAUAGUAUUCCAGACACUAUGUAGUCUGAUAGAUUUUUUUUAAAGACAAAUGUAGUGUUUGAUAUCUUGUUAGCAGAUGUACAAUUUUAGCAUUUGGCUACAAGUAUACACCGACUGGCAUCUUAAAGAGAUACAUUGUGUUUGUAAAGAUCGUUCAACAUUCAUCGUUUGUAAGUGUUGUAUGUACUGUUGAUGUUGAUAAAAAGUUUAUAUAUUAUUUUUGUCGUCUAACAUGAAUUUGCAUGCUCCUGCUUUUGACAGUUUUCAGAGUGCUUUUGGAGGCAAUCUCCUGCAAUUUACUGAGCACUUUGUCCUACUUUCCAAACGUCUGCAAAAAGGUGACAGUUGUCAUUUCAUGUUUCAGUGGGAUUUUUAAAAGAAAGUAUUUACAUACAUGUAGGUUUUACUUUGUAUAUUAAAAUAUAUAUAUGUAUGCGGUACGUAUACAUUUUGACCUACAAGUCACUGCCUUUUCUAUUGUGUAUCUUACAUUUAGAAAUGCUUAAAGUAUGUUUUCUGAGAAUUCUUUCUUUGAGAAAGAAACAUUUAAUGUUUACAAAAAUAAAAAGAUGUCUU